AUUUAAACCCGUUAAUGGUUGUAAGAUUAACAAAGAACGAAACCGCAACUACGCAGUUUCUGAUCUGAGCAAAAUAGACAGCAAAUAGGGAAUGCUUGGAUUUAGCGACUCGUAGUCCGUAGACGAAAGCUAAAACCUCAAACGGUCUAGAGCCAGAUCUCAAAAUUUCUUCACCCAUCUCCUAAUUAUUCUGCUGCGCAGUUGGAGUGGAGGUAAAGUCAUUUUCACAAUUCCAUCUUCACAUUGGAUCUCUUUUUCGUCAUAUUAGCUGGUACUUGAAUUUGGAUCCGACCUUGUUAUCAUGUGAUCCGGUUCCGUCUUGUUGAUCUUCGCAGAUAACGAAGCUGGAAAACUCUCGAAUUAACUAGUGCAAAGGAAAAUGGCUGGCGGGGCUGCUGGAGGGUUUGUGACUCGAGCUUUCGAGUCAAUGCUCAAGGAGUGUGCCAACAAGAAGUAUUCUGCUCUCCAGACAGCUAUCCAGGCAUAUUUAGAUGGUGCAAAGGUGUCGAGUGAUCAAUCACCACCCAUUGAGAGUAAUGAAGCAGCAUCAACAGAUAGUCAGAGCACUCCUGAAUCGGAUGCAGGAGCCGGUGUGGCUCACUCAUUUGCAGCUUCACCAACUGGGAACAUCACCACAUCUUUAGCGGAGGCAGGUCAUACACUAACUGGAGCUGAGGCAGAGCUUGUUCUCAGUCCUCUCAAACAUGCGUUGGAGACAAAAAAUAUAAAAUUUAUGGAGCUUGCUUUGGAUUGUCUUCAUAAACUUAUUGCAUAUGAUCAUUUAGAGGGAGAUAUUGGUUAUGAAAAUGGGAAAAGUAUGCCACUAUUUUCAGACAUCUUGAACAUGGUGUGCAGCUGUGUGGAUAAUAUAUCACCUGACAGUACUACUCUUCAAGUAUUGAAGGUACUUCUUACUGCUGUUGCAUCCACCAAAUUUAGAGUUCAUGGGGAACCAUUGCUCGGGGUUAUCCGUGUGUGCUAUAAUAUUGCCCUGUACAGCAAGUCCCCAAUAAAUCAAGCGACAUCGAAAGCCAUGCUAACUCAGAUGCUCAGUACUGUGUUUAGGCGGAUUGAAACUGACCUGAAAGUGGUUGGUUCGGCAAAUGUGUCCAGCUCAAAGCCUGAGGAGGAGAAGCCUUCUGAUUAUCAGAGCCCAAAAGAUCUGGUGUUAGAAGACACGUCUACUGCAAGUGUGGAGGAACUUCAAAAUCUUGUUGGUGGAGCUGACAUUAAGGGUUUAGAGGCUGCUCUUGAGAAAGCUGUUCGUCUUGAAGAUGGUGAAAAGGCGAUAAGAGGGGUUAUCCCAGAACGUCAGAGUGUUGAGCGACAUGAUGCCUUGCUUCUUUUCCGCACCCUAUGCAAGAUGGGUAUAAAAGAAGACUCUGAUGAAGUUACAACAAAAACACGCAUUCUAUCCUUGGAGCUUUUACAGGGCUUGUUGGAGGGUGUUAGUCAGUCGUUCACAAAAGACAUUAAUUUUAUUGAUUCUGUGAAAGCAUACAUUUCUUAUGUAUUGCUGCGAGCUUCAGUGUCACAGACUCCUACCAUAUUUCUGUAUGCAACAGGAAUCUUCUCUGUACUUCUGUUAAGAUUCAGGGAAAGUCUCAAGGGUGAAAUUGGAGUUUUCUUUCCCUUGAUUGUUUUGCGCCCAUUGGAUGGACAAGACUUACACCCAAAAGCAAGUGUUCUCAAAAUGCUAGAGAAAAUAUGCAAGGACUCACAGAUGCUUGUUGACCUUUAUGUGAACUAUGAUUGUGAUCUUAAUGCUCCUAACUUGUUUGAGCGCAUGGUGACCACCUUAUCGAAAAUUGUUCAAGGGACUCAAAAUGCCGAGCCGAACUCAGUCGUUAUGUCUCAGAUGGGAUCAGUCAAAGCAUCAUCCCUGCAGUGCCUUGUAAGUGUGUUAAAGUCACUUGCUGAAUGGGAGAAACAACGGAGAGAAGCUGGCAGAGCGAAUAAAGGGAAACAGUCUUCUGGAGAAGGCAUGAAUAAAGAACCCAUUGACAUAAGAGGCCGGGAAGAACCCACUGACUUUGAGAAGUUGAAGGCCCACAAAUCUACAAUAGAAGCAGCUAUUUCUGAAUUUAAUAGGCAUCCUGGUAAAGGGAUAGAAUAUUUGAUAUCAAGUAGAUUGGUUGAGAGAUCACCUGCAUCAGUCGCUCAAUUUCUCAUGAGUACCCCCAACUUGGAUAAGGCAAUGAUUGGUGACUACUUAGGACAACAUGAGGACUUUCCACUUGCUGUCAUGCAUGCUUAUGUUGAUUCUAUGAGUUUUUCUGGGAUGAAAUUUGAUAUGGCAAUUCGUGAGUUUCUUAGAGGAUUUCGACUUCCUGGUGAAGCUCAGAAAAUAGACCGCAUGAUGGAAAAGUUCGCUGAGCGCUACUGUGCAGACAACCCCGAUCUAUUCAAGAGUGCGGACACAGCUUAUGUUCUAGCAUAUGCAGUUAUAAUGUUGAAUACUGAUGCUCACAAUCCUCUGGUCUGGCCCAAAAUGUCUAAGGAAGAUUUUAUUCGCAUGAAUGUCAUGAAUGAGGCUGAAGAGAGUGCUCCUAAGGAACUUCUUGAGGGGAUUUAUGACUCUAUAGUAAAAGAAGAGAUAAAAAUGAAAGACGAUCCCAUAUCUCUUGGCAAAAAUAGCAAGCACAAGUCAGAGUCUGAGGAGAGAGGGCGGCUUGUCAGUAUUCUUAACCUAGCUCUUCCGAAAAGGAAAUCUGUAACUGACUCGAAAUCAGAGAGUGAAGCUAUCAUUAAACAAACACAAGCUAUUUUCAAGAAUCAAGGUGGGAAAAGAGGAGUUUUCUAUACUUCACAAAAUAUAGAGCUUGUGCGUCCUAUGGUAGAAGCUCUAGGAUGGCCACUGCUUGCUACUUUUGCAGUUACUAUGGAGGAGGGAGAAAAUAAAGCCAGAGCUAUUCUCUGCAUGGAAGGAUUAAAUGCUGGAAUUCACAUCACACACGCUCUUGGGAUGGACACCAUGCGCUACGCGUUUUUGUCAUAUCUGUUUAGAUUUAAUUUGUUACAUGCACCAAGGGAUAUGAGAAGUAAAAAUGUGGAAGCAUUGCGGACUCUACUAGUCUUGUGCGACUCAGAUCCUGGUGCAUUGCAGGAGUCGUGGAACGCAGUGCUUGAGACUAUUUCCCGGCUUGAAUUUAUUGUAUCUACUCCUUUUAUGGCUGCUAGUGUGAUGCAAGGAUCUAACCAAAUCUCUCGAGAUUCUCUUCUUCAAUCAUUGAGAGAGUUGGCUGGUAAACCUGCAGAGCAGGUGUUCAUGAAUAGUGUUAAACUGCCUAGUGAAUCUGUAGUGGAGUUUUUUACAUCUUUGUGCAAUGUGUCUGCCGAGGAAUUAAGACAGCUUCCACCGCGUGUAUUCAGCUUGCAAAAACUUGUUGAGAUCAGCUACUACAACAUGGCUCGUAUAAGAAUGGUUUGGGCUAGAAUAUGGUCUGUGUUGGCCAAUCAUUUUAUUUUUGCCGGGAGUCAUCCUGAUGAAAGAGUUGCGAUGUAUGCCAUAGAUUCUCUGCGCCAACUUGGAAUGAAAUAUUUAGAGCGUGCAGAACUCGCCAAUUUCACAUUUCAGAAUGAUAUUUUAAAACCAUUUGUAAUUCUUAUGCGCAACAGCCACAGUGAAUCCAUAAGGAGGCUUAUUGUUGAUUGUAUUGUACAAAUGAUAAAAUCUAAAGUUGGAAGCAUAAAAUCUGGCUGGAGAAGUGUAUUCAUGAUAUUUACAGCUGCAGCCGAUGAUGACUCAGAACACAUUGUUGAAAAUGCCUUUGAAAAUGUGGAACAGGUUAUCCUGGAACAUUUUGAUCAGGUAGUUGGAGAUUGUUUCAUGGAUUGUGUCAAUUGCUUAAUCAGGUUUGCCAACAAUAAGAGCUCACACAGAAUCAGUUUGAAGGCUAUUGCACUACUUCGCAUUUGUGAGGAUCGACUUGCUGAGGGCCUUAUACCAGGUGGAGCUUUGAAGCCCAUUAGUGAUAAUACAGAUACAUCUUUUGAUGUUACUGAGCAUUAUUGGUUCCCAAUGCUGGCUGGUCUUUCGGAUCUCACUUCCGAUCCUCGAUUAGAAGUUAGAAAUUGUGCACUCGAGGUUUUAUUUGAUCUGUUGAAUGAAAGGGGUAGCCAGUUUUCAUCCUCAUUUUGGGAAAGUAUAUUCCACAGAGUCCUCUUUCCCAUUUUUGACCAUGUUCGACAUGCUGGACAAGAGAAUAUGAGUUCUAGAGACGAGUGGCUUCGUGAAAGUAGCAUUCAUUCGCUCCAGUUGUUGUGCAACCUGUUCAACACUUUUUACAAGGAUGUUUGUUUUAUGCUGCCUCCACUUCUCGGUUUGCUGUUAGAUUGUGCCAAAAAAACUGAUCAAUCAGUUGUGUCACUUUCUCUGGGUGCAUUAGUGCAUCUGAUUGAAGUUGGUGGGCACCAAUUUAGUGACAGUGACUGGGAUACCUUGCUACAAAGCAUAAGAGAUGCUUCAUAUACAACACAACCCCUUGAGCUGCUGAACGAUUUAGGUUUUGAGAAUGCAAAGGACAAUGCACUAGGGGAAGUUUCUUCAGCCCAUACUGCAACCCAAAUGCUGAAUGGGGGUACACCUGGAACUAUUUCAGAAGGCGAGAUGCUGGAUGACAAUCAAGCAAUGGUGCGGCCUGUUGAUCAGGAUGGAAAUGAAGGCAUACCCUCACCUUCCGGAAGAGCUAAAGCUUCUGGAGAACUCCAAAGGAGUCAAACAAUUGGUCAGAAGAUUAUCGGAAAUGUGAUGGAUAAUCGCUUCCUCAGAAGUUUUACAUCUAAACCCAAAAGUCCAACUGCUAAAGCUUUGGUGCCUUCAUCUUCACCCAAGUUUUCCCACGAUGUGGAGCCUGAUGCAAGAGAAGAGGAUGAAAUUUCUGUAUUGACUACCAUCCGAAGCAAAUGCAUCACCCAGUUGUUGCUUAUAGGUGCUAUUGAUAGCAUUCAGAAGAAGUACUGGAAUAAGUUGAAGGCUUCACACAAAAUCAGUAUACUGGACAUUCUAUUCUCUGCGCUGGAGUUCGCUUCAUCAUAUAAUUCGUAUACAAAUCUGAGAAUGCGGAUGCACCAAAUUCCCGCAGAUAGGCCUCCAUUAAAUCUACUCCGACAAGAGUUAGCUGGAACUUCUAUCUACCUUGAUAUCUUACAAAAGGCAACUGCAGAGUUUUGUUGUGAAAAAGAAGGGUUGGAUGAAAAGGGUAUUUCUCAAAAUGGAGAUCAUGGGGUGGGGAAAAGUGAUGUCAUUGCAGCAGGAAAGGUAGAUGAAGGUAAACUGCAGGGAUUUGCAGAGGAGAAGUUAGUCUCAUUUUGUGGACAGGUUUUGAGCAAAGCAUCUGAUUUCCAGUCGUGCAUGGGGGAAAAUGCUAAUAUGGAUGUCCACCGAGUUCUAGAAUUACGGUCUCCCAUCAUUGUUAAGGCGCUGAAGGGCAUGUGCUCUAUGAACAGACAAAUAUUCAGGAGUCAUCUACGAGAGUUCUAUCCUUUGAUUACUAAGCUUAUAUGUUGUGACCAGAUGGAUGUACGUGGAGCACUCUCUGAUCUAUUCACUAAUCAGUUGACUGUGCUGUUGAAGUAACAAAUUCUCAGUGCAGUGUUGCCCAAUGUAAGAUAAUACAACCCCAACACACGUUUUUCAUCAAAAUCAGAUCGAUGCCUUUGGGAAACAACUCUCAGUAUUCACAGUUUUCCUUUGAUCAACUCUCUGGCAUCGAAUUUUGGUGUUAAUUGCAUUCUAAUUUUGUAGUUUGUCCAUGUGUAUGUUUUGGCAAGGACAAGGGGACUCGUGUUGUUAUAGUAGAACUAAAAAGACGCGUCUUUUAGUGUAUGAUGAUGAUCAUUCUUGCUGUGUAAGAAGAAAGUGCCGCAAAUAGUAUAAAUUGAGUUCACCAAGUACCAAACCAAACCCAGAAAAGUGGCGCUAUUACAUUAACCUUUUCUUAAUUAAAGAAAGUUGAACCUGUUGAAUAUUUGGAA